AUGUCGUACUGGGGCUAUUCUGGCUGCGUGGAUAAGGUCACGUGGGAGGUGCACCGUGCGGUUACCGGUUUCGCCAGGCCGUGGGUCACUUCGCUGUGGGGCGGCGUUAUCGCGGAUAAAGACAGGCCAUGGGUAGAGCAGCAGCUGGGCUGCGAGUUCCGUUCCCCCAACGGCUCUCUCGCGCCCAAGAAGCCCUGGUACAGCAUCAACUUCUUCCAAUUCAAGUCCAUAUUCGGGCUGCGCGCGUGCCUCGACUUUGGCGCAGCCUUCCCCGCGCAGAUGGUGCAGAUGCUCGCCACAGGCCGCGCCGUCAGCUCCCCCGCCGUCCUUGCUCCCAACGGGCGCCUCGGAUUCUUGUAUGCGUUUCCGAUGUUCCGAAGGCCGGUGGAGGAUGGGGCGGGCAGGGAGGAGGUGGAGGCGAGUGUGGCGGGGUUCAUCGGGUGCGGGCUGGACGUGGGGCUGCUAGUGUCUCAUGCCCUGGUUGAUGUGCUGCACAAUGGUGAGUUGCGGUGCAGAGCGGUACAGAGCGGUGCUUGUGUGUGCCGCACGGCACGGCAGCGGGUGGGCAGGGCGGAGGUGGAGGCGAGUGUGGCGGGGUUCAUCGGGUGCGGGCUGGACGUGGGGCUGCUCGUCUCCCACGCGCUCGUGGACGUGCUGCACAACGGCAGGGAGGAGGUGGAGGCGAGUGUGGCGGGGUUCAUCGGGUGCGGGCUGGACGUGGGGCUGCUCGUCUCCCAUGCCCUUGUAGACGUGCUGCACAACGAUUCCGACAUCUUCUCUCUCCAGCUCUUUGACAUCACCGAGCCAGCCCAGCCGGUGCCACUCAACGCCCCAAACGACUCCUCCCAGCAGCCCCCCAACCACCUCUUCACCUCACCCAACCCCGCCUUCCCGAGCCUCAACUACAGCGUCGCCGAGCCGUUCCCCGAGCCUGUCGUGGGGCGGCACAUCCAAGCCUACUGCUCCCACCUCGUGCCCGGCAGCACCUGGGCUCUCCUCUACGCGCCUCUCCUCCUCGCACUCCUCGUCCUCCUCGUCUCCGCCCUCCUCUCCGUCAUCAUCCUCGUCCUCCGCCGAAAAGGCGCCGCGAUCCGCGCGGAAAUGCGCGCCGCGGAGGAGUACACGCUCCUCUUAGAGCGCGCCGAGCGCGCCAAAAGCGAGAGCAUCGCGUGCCUGAGCCAUGACCUGCGCACGCCGUUCAAUGGGAUGCUGGGGAUGAUGGAUGAGCUUCUAGACACGCAGCUGGAGGAGUGGCAGAUGAGGGAUGUGGUGGAUGCGAGGACGUAUGCUGCGUCGGUGAUCGGGCUGCUGAGCACGAUUCUGGACCUCGCCAAGCUGCAGGCGGAUAUGCUGGAGUUAGAUUCCGUCCCCUUUAGUCUGCACCAGUGCCUGGAGACGGCCGCCCGCUCGCUGUUCGCUGACGCACAAGACAGACACCUCGAAUUUUUCUGCCACGUGGAUCCCAGUGUGCCGGACAUUCUGAUUGGGGAUCCCACCCGAGUCACCCAAGUCAUUCGCGAGCUCAUGGGUCACGCCAUCAAGAGCACCCUAUCCGGCCAUGCAGCCUUCCACAUCUGGUGCCUGCCCGCCCAUCCCUGCACCGCCACACCCAUACCUGCUGCUCCCGCUUCCACCGCUGCCGCUGCUGCCACCCACUCUGCUGCUGCUGCUGCGGCCUCUGGUUUCGGUUCCAGGAGAAUGUGGUGUUUGCUACGGUUCCCUCUGGUCGCACGAGGUGGGGGAGAGAAAGCAGGCGUGUGUGGGGGCGAGGGACGGGCAGAGUGUGGGGUAACAGGAGUACGGGUGGGGGUGGAGGAGGGGGGGGAGGUAGGGGGGAAGGUGGGGGGGGGGAUGAGGGAAGAGGUGGGGGAGGAGGUGGGAGAAGGCUGGUUCGGGGGAGGGAUAGAGGGAGGGAGGGAGAGAGGGGGAAGGGAGACGGGAGGAAUGGCACAGGGCGCGGUGAGGGGCGCUGGGAAGGAAGGGAUGUGGAGUGGUGGUGGUGGUGGUGGGGGGGAAGAUGGGCAUUUCUUGAAUAUUCGUGGGAAUGGGAUGGUUGAUGGAGGUGAGGUGGAGGGGGAGAGGGGGGAGGGGGUGGGGAGGAGGGACGGAGGUGAUAUUGAGGAAGCUUUUAUGGGGGAUGAGAGGGGGGAUGAGGUGUGGAGUGAGCGGGGGGGAAUGGGGAGGGCUGGAGAAGAGGAGGGGUUGGGAUGUGCCAGUGCAGGGGAGGAGGGAGACGAAGACGAGAGAGAAGGAGAAGAAGAGGAGGAGGAGGACGAGGAGGAGGAGGAUGAGCAGGAGGAAGAGGAGGAGGAAGAGGAUGAGGAAGAGGAUGAGGAGGAGUUAGGUGCCGAGCAUUCGACCAAACCCCCUGACAGGCCUCCUGAGUCAGCCAAGUCAAGCCGGUCAACAGGGGCCACACGGGGGGUUUCAGGGGCACCAGGGGGAGGGAGGGGAGGAGCAACGGGGGCGAUGGAGGGGGAAGCAAGGGCGAAGGGUUUUAGAGCGGUGAGAGAGGAAGACGUGGUGGUGGUGAUGGUGUGUGAGGAUACGGGUGGUCACAAGAAGGGGGUGCAGAGCGGUGACGAGGCGGUGCAGAGUGCGAAGAAGGGGAUGCAGAGUGGUGGAGAGGUGUUGCAGGGGCAGGCUGAAUGGAGCCCGUAUCCUGUUCGGUUCCUCCUAUCCACUGGCCUGGUUCGUCUUAUGCGGGGAUCCAUGGGAGUGGCUUCGGAAGAGGGUGUGGGGACCACCAUCCUAGUCAGCCUACCAAUGAGAGCGCGACACCUGGCAGGAGAUGACACCUCCCCAGUGGAUGAAACCACGGCUGGGGAUGCCGGGCCUUGGCUGGAGGCUCGGCGGAGCGUUUUAGGUUCGGUCCGAGGCAAGCGCGCGUUGGUGGUGGAUGGGAUGAGGCUGAGGAGGGAGGCUGUUUGCGAGUGUUUGAGGUACCUUGGGAUCUCCGUGGCUGUAGCUGCUACAGCCGGCCAGGCGGGGUAUCUGCUGAUGGGUAGUAGCAGCUGUAGCAGUGGUGGGAGCAGUUGGAGGGGUCAGUCAGGGAGGAGGAGAGUGAGGGUGGGGGAUGGGGAAGAGGAGGAGGAUGAGGAGGGAGAGAUGGAGGAGGAGGAUGAUGACGAGGAGGAGGAGGAGGAGGAGGAAGAGGAGGAGGAAGGGGGUGACGAGGAGAGGGAGGUGCGUUGGCAAGAAGAAGGAGAGAGUGUUAAUGUGCAUGGAACCGGCGGCAAGAGUAUCGAUAACGGGAAUCUCAGCAGUAAUGGUAACAGUAAGAAUGUCAAUGGUAACAGCAGCGGCCAGACUGGUGCCGUUUCGAAACGCAGCAGCAACCGAGUAACUCUCGCCAUUCCCACAAGUCCCAUGAAGCCCUUUGCAGCGACUGAGAGGUCGGCCGGUUUCAGUAUAGACGAAGGCAAGGAGUGGAGUGGUGCAACGGCUGAGGAAAGGAAGGGAGAGGAGAGAGGUGAAGGAGAGGAAAGCGAUGAGCGAAGGAAGGGAGAGGAGGGAGAGGAAGAAGAGGAAGAAGAGGAAGGAGAGGAAGGAGAGGAAGGGGGGGAAGGAGAGGACGGAGAGCAGGGAGGAAAGCUCGGGAGUUGGGACGUGGUGUUUAUCGAAGCAGACGCGUUCGGUCCGGCGACAGGGUUUGGGUUCGGCAAGCGAGUGAUUUCCCACUGGCAGCACCAGCAGCACCCUGGCGGGCGAGAAACACCGCCACCGUCUCCCACCACCCCGCACCCCUCCUCCUUCCCUUCAAGCUCGUCCAACCCAUCGGUUUCCCCGCCGCCUGCUCUGCUUCCCAUGCAGCUGCCGCUCCGAUCGCCGCACCCAAACCCCACACCAAACCCGCUUCCCACGCCGAACCCACUCCCCACAUCAAACCCGCUCCCCACGCCCCACCCGCUGCCGCAGCUGCUUUCGAAUGUGUCGCACCCGCCGCUGGUGCUGACAGGGAGGAGCGCGUGUGAGGGCGUGCAAGCACGGGCAGCGGGGUUCAGUGAUGUGCUCGCUCGCCCCUGGAUGGCCAGCGAUGCCGCUCGCCUGCUGCAAGAGCACGGAGGAAGGAGUGCGUGUGAGGGCGUGCAGGCGAGAGCAGCCGGGUUCAGUGACGUGCUUGCUCGCCCCUGGAUGGCCAGUGAUGCUGCCCGUCUCCUGCAAGAGAUGUUCGCCCCACCAGCCGCCAGAUCUUCCCCACCCAUCACCACCGCAGAGAACACAGAGAAAGGAGACCUUCCACAGCAGCUCUUCUCCCGCCUGAUUUUCGCCCCACCUCCAUAUGUUUUUUUGAGAAUUCUCAAAAAAAAAUUCGCCCCACCUCCAGCUCCCUCUGCGCCCAGCGCCCAGGCAGAGACCUCAGAGCAGAAAGACCUCCCCCAGCAACUCUUCUCUCGCCUAGCGCUAGAGGACGCAUCAUCGGUCAUAAGGGAGAUGCUGGGCGGGAGGGAGAUUUUCGCCCCGCCUCCAGCCGAAUCAGCUCCCGUCACCGCAGCAGAAAGCUCAGAGCAGGAAGACCUCCCACAGCAACUGUAUUCCCGCCUCGCACUCGAGGACGCGUCAUCAGUUCUAAGGCACAUGCUGGGCGGGAGGGAGGUGCUGGUGGUGGAUGACAACGCCGUGAACCGCGUGGUGGCCAGGAAGAGUCUGGUGGGGCUGGGGGCGCGCGUGGAGGUGGCUGCCAGUGGCGAGCUGGCGCUUCAGCGCCUGCUGCACCCGCACUCGUUCGUGCUGGCACUCGUGGAUAUUAAUAUGCCCCCAGGCAUUGACGGGGCACGGGAAGCCCUGCCGAACCCUCCCGUCCCCUCCUCCGCACCUCAAAACCCGCCGCGGCUGUGUGUGGUGGCGCUGACAGCGGACCUGGAUGCGAGAAUCCGCAAGGCGUGUGAGCAGGCGGGCAUGGACGGGGCGAUUUCCAAGCCCAUUGUCGCACAGGAUCUGCUCUCUGUUCUGCGAGCUGCUGGUUUUGCUGCUCCCACCGCUGCUGCAAUCACUUGA